AUGGGUGAAAACCAAAGGAGUGAUGAAGAAACUGGUGAAAACCAAAGAAGUGAUGAAGAAAAUGAUCAAAACCAAAGGAGUGGUGAAGAAAUUGGUCAAAACCAAAGGAGUUAUGAUGAAUUUAGUGAAUACCAAAGCAGUGAUGAAAAAUGGCGUAAUGAAGAAGAGCCGAGAUGCAUUGUCUCUGAUCCAGCUCAACCUCACAAGGUCUCCCGUGCAGACGAUUAUGAGACUAAGCAAGACUGCUUCUCUUGCGGAAAAAGAGGGCCGAGGCUCCAUUAUGAUCCGCCGCCCUUCCAUUUCUACUGUCCCACCUGCCAAGUGGAGUUCCACGAUACUUGUCAUACGUUUCCAAGUAAGAUGAUUCACCCUUAUCACCCUCUCACUUUCACCUUUCUACAGAAAGAAACCGAGAUGAUUGUUGACACUAAUGUCGGUGGACGCCAUGACUUUCUUAGAAGGCACAUGCCAGAAAACUUUUGUCCCAAUAUCCAGUUCCAGUAUCAUGUUUGA